UCGGAGAGCGUAGGAAGGGCGGGGACCCGGAUGUGUGUGGUGGCGGCAGCCGAAGAGCUAGUGUGAGGAGCUGAGAGGCCUAUGGAUGAGGAGAACGCGGCGGCCCCGAUUUGUUCUCAUGAACAAGAUGGAUGACCUCAACCUGCACUACCGGUUUCUGAAUUGGCGCCGGAGGAUCCGGGAAAUUCGGGAGGUCCGGGCUUUCCGAUACCAGGAGAGGUUCAAGCACAUUCUUGUAGAUGGAGACACUUUGAGUUACCAUGGAAACUCCGGUGAAGUUGGCUGCUACGUGGCUUCUCGACCCCUGACCAAGGACAGCAAUUAUUUUGAGGUGUCGAUUGUGGACAGCGGGGUCCGGGGCACCAUUGCUGUGGGGCUGGUCCCUCAGUACUACAGCUUGGAUCACCAGCCUGGCUGGUUGCCCGAUUCUGUAGCCUACCACGCUGAUGACGGCAAGCUGUACAAUGGCCGAGCCAAGGGCCGCCAGUUUGGGUCAAAGUGCAACUCCGGGGACCGGAUUGGCUGUGGCAUUGAGCCUGUGUCCUUUGAUGUACAGACUGCCCAGAUCUUCUUCACCAAAAAUGGGAAGCGGGUGGGCUCCACCAUCAUGCCCAUGUCCCCAGAUGGACUGUUCCCAGCAGUGGGCAUGCACUCUCUGGGUGAAGAGGUGAGGCUGCACCUCAACGCUGAGCUGGGCCGCGAGGACGACAGCGUCAUGAUGGUGGACAGUUACGAGGACGAAUGGGGUCGGCUGCAUGAUGUCAGAGUGUGCGGAACUCUGCUGGAGUACUUAGGCAAGGGCAAGAGCAUCGUUGACGUGGGGCUGGCCCAGGCCCGGCACCCUCUGAGCACCCGGAGCCACUACUUCGAGGUGGAGAUCGUGGACCCUGGAGAGAAAUGCUAUAUCGCCUUGGGGCUGGCCCGGAAGGAUUAUCCCAAGAACAGGCACCCUGGCUGGAGCAGAGGCUCUGUGGCUUACCAUGCAGAUGAUGGAAAGAUCUUCCAUGGCAGUGGUGUGGGGGACCCCUUCGGGCCACGCUGUUAUAAAGGGGACAUUAUGGGAUGUGGAAUCAUGUUCCCUCGGGACUACAUUCUGGACAGUGAGGGUGACAGUGAUGACAGUUGUGACACAGUGAUCCUGUCCCCAACUGCCCGAGCCGUCCGGAAUGUCCGGAAUGUCAUGUACCUGCACCAGGAGGGAGAAGAGGAAGAGGAGGAAGAGGAAGAGGAAGAAGAUGGGGAAGAGAUUGAGCAAGAGCACGAGGGCAAGAAGGUGGUGGUUUUCUUCACUCGGAAUGGCAAGAUCAUUGGGAAGAAGGAUGCUGUUGUACCUUCUGGCGGCUUCUUUCCCACCAUUGGAAUGCUGAGCUGUGGGGAGAAAGUCAAAGUGGAUCUGCAUCCCUUGAGUGGCUAGGGACUUCUUCCCUAGACCUGCCCCGCCUCCUUUUCCUCGCCCUUUGCAGAACCGGGUGCCCAGUUCCUGCCUUCCCCCAAGGAUUUGCUUACCCAGCAGGCCCCAGGGAGUGCAUCGUCCCUCCGCCUCUCCCAGAUCAGGCCCUUGCUGAGCUCCUCUGUGCCCAUGUUUCUGACAUGGUGCUACCUCGAUCAUCAGUUGGUCCUGGGCCCAAGUCCCUGGUUGGACAGGAGCAGGCUCAGUGAAUGGAAUUGGUGUAUCGGUAGGUCCCACUUGUUUUGGCUGGUGGACUCCUGCACCUUUUCUUUCCCCGCUGGCCAUGUGAGUGGAGAGGAGUGAGCACCUUGUCUCAGCUGCUAUUUGGGCAUGAGGCUCUGCAGGGGGGUGGCGUAGAGACAGCCCCCUCCUCUAUUUAUCACAGUAUUUCUUCUUGCAUCUCCUUUGUUUUGUUCCCUGUCCUCAUUGUGAACCAGUUGCUGAUGUUCUUUCUCCUCCACCCCCCGGCUGGGCUCGGGGCGGGGGGGGGGGACUCUUUUGGGCCCUCUUUCCCCUUCCACUGACUACUGUCCCUGGAAGACACUCCAGGGUCUCUGUUCUUUCCCUUGGGAGCCCGCUUUCUCCUUCACUGCCUGCUCAGGCACUGUAGUCCCACAGAGAAUCUGAGUCUCUGGCUUCCCGCAGCUGUACACAUGCAGUUAGGUGCCUGUUAUGUGUUGAAUGGAGUGAGAGAGGGGCUGCCAAGUGGGGGGGCCUGGAGCCUUUGCUCCCAUCCCCUCCUUGCCAUCCUUGGGACCCCUGUGGCACCUUUGUCCCUAGUUCCCUGGGAUGCUCAGUGAAGGCAAGACCCCGAAGCCAGAUCUGUGGUCGCAAGCGCAGAGGGCAGCUUGGCCCCUCACUCCCCUUCCCUGCCACACCCGUGUCCCAGCUUGCUCCCUGUGCCAGUGCCUGUUUUGCUUCCGUGUUUGAUUCUAGCACUUACAUACGUCCUCCCCCACCAAGCCCUCCUGUCUCCUACCGCCUGACCCCUGACCCCCUUCCCGUACAGUGACUUCUCCUGGGAGGAAGAGGGAGCAGGAGGUGUUAGCCUUGGUUUGCACAGAGUGGGUGGGCCUUGGGGAAAGGGGGUGAGCUGCUGUGUUGCUUGUGUCCCCGCUUCAGCCCUCCACUACGAUGUAUGAAAUGUAUGUACAGCCCAGAGAUGUUUAUACAGCCAAUAAAAAUGGAGUUUCUGUAUUUAUCAGGA